AGAUCUGUGUUGUGGUCGCCGGCAGUGAUCAGUGAUGGCCAACAAUAUGCACAACAAUAACAACUAUCCGGACAUUAAGAAGUGCUGCGAAGGCGUGUUGAGGGGUUUGGAGGCCAAGGCCGCCGACAUGAGACACCUGAUGACUGGUCUUAUGGUACGGAUCAGUGAAUUGGAGGAUAGGGUGCAGACGCUGUCCGACAAUAACCAGACACUGAUGGCCGACAACCAGGCGCUGACGGAUGAGGUGCAGUCACUUCAGACGGAGAACUUAUGUAUGGCUGAAGACCGGGAAAUGAUGCGCAAAGAGUUGCGUGAAGUCCGUCACGAGAACGACCUCUUGAGCGAUGAACGCCGUAAUUGGGAACAAACGAGUUCGCCGUUCGCCCGACACGUGGCCUCUGCCGUCGAACAAUUUAUGCUCAAAGAGAGACCCAAUUCUAUGCAAACGUUUGGCUCUUAUAACCAAAUGGAUGGCCAAAGACUGCCCGCCGAAGAGUUGGAAACCUAUCACAGCACCAGAGGUAUCGUCACAUCCAAUCCGACCAGUAAUGAGACCUUCUAUGACGCGCGCUCGUCAUCGCAACGCUCGUCGGCCGUCGCGAACGCUAUUUAUAAUUGUUUGCCAAUGAAUGCGAUUCCUUCUGUUAUCACAGCACAAGAACAGCACAAACUCAACCAAACGCUGGUAUCGUUGGCCACGGCUUCGUCGCAAUCGUUUGGUUUCGACGUCAACGACAACUUAAAGCUGAAGUUAGUUCGAGUGCCUCUUAGCCGCGCGGUUCCCGUCUCUGUUGCUUACGUGCGGUCGCCGUCCGACUUCUGGCUCCACAUUGACUUAAGUGAUGUGAACUCAUAUCUACAUGUGAUUCAAGUGAAACAGGAGGCGCUCGUGGAGAGGGGAACGGCUCGUCUGACCACUGCCGACGUGGAGAUAGGCAUGUAUUGCGCGGCCGUGUAUUCAGUGGACGGGUACUGGUAUAGGGCUCAGGUCAUUGACAUUCACUACGAGAACGAUAUCGAGAAGGACUCGAUUCGCACGAUUCGCGUCCAGUUUAUCGAUUGGGGUAACUGUGAAGAGGUUCCGCUCGCGAAAGUGAUGCGACUGUCGGUCGAGUUAACCAAACGAAAACAAGCGGUUCAGUGCCAUAUUCAGGGCAUUGGACUCGAGACACACCAAUGGGAUAAGGAAUCCGUUACUAAAUUCCGUCACGCGAUGGAAAAGGCGGACAAAUUGUCGGCCACUUUCUUAAAGGCUAGAAAAUUAGACGAAAGACUCGACAGUUUGAUAUAUCCCGUCGAUGUGUUGAUAAUCAACGACACCGGAAAGACCGAGAAUGUGGUCGAUUACGUGACACUUCCUCUAUAUGUUGAGCCCGAAGACACUGAACCCGCGAUUGAGAACAAUGUGUCAGAAGAGUGCGACCGGACUCUCGUUGCUUCCAAUUCGGGUCCGGAUGUGGUCUCCAAUCGUUUCGAAGAAAUUAAUACUCAACCGAAGACAUCAACAGUUAAGUCAAUGCAACAAAUAAAGUCAAAGUCGAGCCAAAACUGUGUCACAAACGCGUCUAAUAAUAACAAUAGUGAACGCAAUCCAAUGCCAACUCCUUCAGCACAAAGUCUGCCAAAAUCGAUGCCUCAGUUAAGCGCUAAUAGCAUUGACACAAUGAUAAUACCGGCGCCAAUAGUUCCCGACUCUGAUGAAGGUCUGGUAGUGACGCCAUCCACUGUUAUAAACCCAUCGGAAUUCUAUGUUCACAUCAACGACACCACUGUUGGUAUCGCUCAGUUUGAAAACCUCGAGGACGAGCUCAACAGUUGUUACGGCAGUGAAUCGGCGCCCAAACAUCACACCUAUCCGUCACAAGUGAGGAUCGGCUCCUUCUGGUGCGCCAAUUACAGCGAAGACGACCGAUGGUAUAGAGUUCGGGUUCUGGCCCUCGACGGCGACAAAGUGCUCGUAAAUUAUGUCGAUUACGGCAACGAAGAGUUGGUUGAGUGCAGGAAUCUCAGGCCUUUGACCCGAAAGUUUGCCAUUUAUCCGGCGAUGGCGUGCAGAUGCAGUCUUUCCAAUGUGUCGCCACUCAAUUCGGCGGCCAAAUGGCCCGAAACGACGGCCGAAUACUUUCGCAAAUUGCUUUACGACGAGUCGAAAGCCUUGACCGCAUUUAUUCGCGACAAACCAAAUGUUUGUAGUUUUGAAUCGAAAUUACAAGUGUUUUUGUGGGCAAAUGUGCCGACAGUUAAUUGUGAGGACGGAGUGCCCGAAGAGGGAGAGAUUCUCGUGAAUUCGCAUUUAGUUGUUGCGGGCUUUGCGACCACUGAUAACAUAGAGUGGGUCAAUGAGGCCGAGAGAGCGAACCGCGAGUUGACACCACCGCAGGUGAUGAACGAAUGCGUUAUUCCAAUCAUCAACCAUAUGAACGGCACCACCGCUUCCCUCAACCAAAACCAAUUGUCAAGUAUUGCCGACAAUUCUGUACCCAAAGUCAACGGCAAUCACAUUAUGGAUUCGCCCGCAGAUACGGACGCGACAGCAAAUGCAACGCCUGUUAAUUGCAAACCAUCUGAUAUUACAUUGAAUCCAACUACAAAUGGUGUCCAUUUGCUCCAAUCCAUAGACAAUCACCGAAUGAACGGUGCAGUGAACGGACAAAACUGUGCCAAAGUGUCCAGAAUUUUGCCCGAAUUGAUGGAUAGCGAUGGCGAGAGUGACGGCAGUUGGGAUCCAAUGAAAGAUGACGCCCGCUGUGAACAGAAUAGUUAUAACGUUAAGGCAAACAACGCCGGAAUCGCGACAAUUGGCUUCAGCGCAACCGAUCAGAAGGUCUGCAAAUAUUACGGGAGAGAUCGCGGGUGUAUUAAAGGCGAUCUCUGCUCUUUCGUACACAUCGAGCCCACCAAAGUAAUGGAAGUGAACGCUACCGAAGACGUGGACAUUGAAAUUCCCGACGAAAACCUAGCGAUCGGUUCGCGGGUCGUAUUGAAAGUGACGUCCGUUCAGAAUCCCUGUUCUUUCUAUGCUGUCCUCCCCUUCGGCUCGAAGCACACCUCAGCCAAUGAACUCAAUGAUCACGACUAUCCACAGGUCAACAGUUUGACCGAAAUGUGCAAUCGAUUGAAGACAUAUUACGGUCAGAGAAAGUGUAAAGAUAACUCGAGUUUACAGCACGGAAUCGGCAGUUUAGUCGCUUAUAAGGACGACAAAACCGGUCACUACUAUAGGGCACGAGUGAUCGACGAAGACUUAGACAAAAAGAGUUGCACUCUAUUUAGCGUUGAUUUGGGAAUUAAAUGUGAAGUGAGAAGAAAUGUAAUCCACAAAUUGGAGUCAUUCUUCUGUGAUAUGAGUGCACUUACUAUCCAUUGUUCACUCAUUGAUUGCCAACCAUUCAAGUCAGACGUCUGGAGCAAACAAACCAUUCGAAUCGAUGACAAGUAUUACGUUGAGCUCAUCGACAGAGAGAGUGAAGUAUUUGUAAGCAAUCGACUCAUUGACCAAAAGUUGGCCCAAAGGAUGAAACCAUUUGCACUCUCAACACAUCCGUCCGACGAAGAGAUAUAUAGAUCUGAUUUUGAAGAAUAA